GUGCGACAGGCGCACUUGGGUUGGGAAUGGAUAUCAGUCGUUUGGUGCAGCGCGUAUCCGUGCUAGGUUUGAGAUCAUCGGCAGUACGCCUAGGUAGCUGCAGAAGCAUAUCCACAUCGAAUAUCAGGAUGGAGAAGGCAAUGGAAAAACUACAGACCAACCCCUACUACGAGAAGUAUGCAGACCGCAUCGCGCGCCUGCAGAAAACUGAUCCCAAUGAAUUUUUGGAGCGUGUUGCGCGCACAGUGAGCCCGGAGCGCAAACCCAGCGGCGAGGGCAAAGCCCCAGUGGAUACUAGUCAAUAUUCUUCAGUGCUAAAUCCUAAAGAAGCUUUACCAGAGGGUGUAGCUGCAGAAGAAAAAAAGCUAGAUGCUAUUUUUAAAACUGAGCUAGUGAAAGACAAAGAUGCAUCAGAGAUUCAAGUGAUCUGGCAAGAAUACCACAAAGACAAAGAUGUGAUCGCGGCAACAAUUCCUGCUGAUACCUAUACUGGUUUACGUGAGAAUAUGAAGCAGUUCCCGACAUUCCUGUUCCCGCUGCCUCGGGACCAGGGCUAUGAGUUCAUAGUUUGUCAAACCUUUGGGCAUUCUGUGCAUUUUACUCCACUACUGGCAUUCCAGGUUCACAAAGAAAAUGCUCCAGAAUGUCUGACAAUGGUCCACUACACUGAACUGAAGGACAAGGGUAUAGUGUUGAUGCGUGGCGAGUAUGACACGAAUGUGCUGAGCGGACGCGAGGCACUGUGUCUGGCCAACCAGUUCCAGUUAUACUAUGGUGCCAGUGCAGAACCAGCGCGACGUGAGCUCCUGCAGUGCUUCACUGCCAGCCCUGACAAUUUCAAACACAUGGACCUCAUUGCACAGCUGGAAAACAUUUCCCUUGUCUAGAUUCACCUGCUGGAAAACCCAGAUUUGUAAUUAUGAAUAUAAAAUUAUACCUAGAAAAUAUUAUA